AUGACCAUGUACUGCAGCGCCGCGUCGCCGCCCCCGUCCGCGUCGCGGAGGUUGAGCAUGUCGGCCGACAUGGCCCCCCAGCAGCACGCCGAUGAUGAGGUGGUCGGCGUGCGAGAUGUCUGGGCGGGUCUGCCCCGCGCGUAUGGACGCGAGGCCGUGGAGCGGCGUCACGGUUUCUUCGACGUCGAAAAGCCCGACGGGCCGAGCGCCGCGACGGCCUCGACGUCUUUCUUGGAGACGGAGCAGGACGAGCGACGUCAGGGCGUUGGUGACUUGGGCGUCGUCCUCGCCUGGCAGCUUGAGGCCGAGGAAGAGCUCGGCUGCCUUGUCGUUAUUAGCGCCGAUGGCGUUUCCGACGGCGGACUCGAGCUGCUCGCGGCCUCGGCGCCGGCGGUUACCCGUGGUAUCUCUGCGGAUUAG